CUUUGAUAUCCUUGUCAAGCCAUCUCCGUUUAUUAAAGUGUAAAUCGAGUAUUUUCAGAACUGAAUUCUCUGAAAUUUGGAUAUCCAUUAAAUUCUUGUGAAGGACUUUCGCCACAGUGCGUCUGAGGAGGCCUGCCACAAACGAUUCCACGAGAAGCAUCAAUUGGAAUGAAAAAUUUGCUGCAAACAAUACAGCGGAAAAGCACAUCGCUGGAACCAGGAUUUUUACGUCUUCAGGAUGAAAUCGUAAAUUUAUUGUCAAAUCCAGUUCUUGGAAUUUACAAUCAACUCAUUGUACAACUCAUUGUACAGUGCUGCAAGGAGAUUGCAGAGGUGUUUUGUUGCUGUUUACUACUUAAGAGAAACUUAUUAUACCUGGAAUCGAAUGGAUUUUAAAGAAAAACCUCAAAUCAGAAAGGGUGCACAUGUAGAGAUAUGUGUUUCAAAUAAUCUGAUGGAGAAGAGCACGAGGAGAGUUGCAACAGGCAAUUCUGCCAAGAAAACUCGGCUUCCCAAAAGUGCAUCUCGGGGUUCUUCUGCUAGUCGCGCCAAUGUUCAUCGUAUCAGAAAGUGCCCAUUUCCAUACAGGGUGAAUUAUACUUGGAACAGGGGGGACGCUUAAAGGAAAUUCGGAUCAGGCAUCUGGCAAGAAAGUUCCUCUAUUUGUGGAUACGUAAGACAUUUGGGAGAAUCCUUCCUUCUACGGCCAAAUCCCAUUAUUGCCAUUUAUUGUUGAGUAAAACCUUUGGCGAAUGGAAGGAGAAAUGGUGGAUUGUGUGGAAAGAGUGGAAGCUGAUGGUUCGAGCAGAUUGUCACUACAGAUAUUAUAUGUACAAUCAGACCUGGAGAGCCUGGCAAGCAUAUAUUCUUCAGCAGCAGAACAAGAAGAGGAGAUCUGAGAUGGCUGUUUCACAUGCCCACUCACAGCUGCUGCUGAAGGGAUGGAGUCACUGGUCCACGUAUGUUGACAUGAACAAAACCAAAUGUCUAAUGCUUGUCGAGGCACACAAAUUCAAUAUGAAAGUAACUCAAAAAUAUGUGUGGUGCACAUGGACACAGCAGUUGCAGAGGAAGCGAAGCAUUGAUAGAAUUGAUGGUUUAGCAACACAGCACUGGGAAGCUGCCCUUCAGUGCAGGGCCUGGCUUCAAUGGACAUCAAUGUUACAUGUAGUCCAACAAGCCCAGGAGAAGAUUGCUAGAGCACAGCAGUUAUACCAGCAGAGGUGCCUGCUGAGGUCUCUACAAGGUUGGGUAUUAUAUAUCCAGGUGAAGAGGGACAAACGAUGCCAGUGCAGAGUAGCUGAGCAGAUGUACAGUGGCUAUGUUAUCCAGCGGUAUUUUGUUACGUGGCUUUCAGCUUGGCAUCUUCGGAGGAGCAUGCGUUCACAUCAUAAUCACAUUCAGGACUUGUCCAGGAGGUACGCCCUGCGAAGGACAUUUGCAUCCUGGAGAUGUUAUGUUGCUCUUUGUGCCGAAAAGGCAAGACUCCGUGCUUUGGCAAACCAUCAUUACCGUCGUCAUCUACUGCAUAUGGGGAUGUAUGCUGUGAGGUUGAAUGUAAGAUGUGUUCGACUGAAACGGAUGCAGUGUAAUUUGGGACACCAGCAAUGCCAUGUUUGGCUCCUGCAGAGGUUUUGGGGUCAGUGGAAGCAACAACUGGAACAACAAGAGGAAUUUGAGAUGAGUGAACUGACCUGUCGAGCUCAAAGCCACUUCAGGAAGGUUUUGCUACGGAGAUCACUGUGCUUUUGGAUAAAUCAUUUGCAGUGGAGAAGGUGGUAUUUGGUUCAGUCUGAUAAGGCAGAGACUCACUACAGCAGGAAGAUCUUGCCUCGCUGCCUUCACUUGUGGAGGGUGUUUGUCAAUGAGAGGAAGCAUCUGAACCGGCUGAAGGAGAUAGCAACAGAGUUUGACAGAGAUACAGCACAGAGGGGGGCAUUGUAUGCUUGGUGGGAGAGAAUGAAUCAUCAGCGUGACAAUCGAUUGGCAGAAAGAUUGGCUGUGAUUCAUUGUUCUCGGCGAGUGUUGCUGUGUUACUGGCGAUGCUGGUGUGAACAAACUGCCCUUUGCUUGGAGAAGAAAGAGAAGGAGGUCAUAGCCAAAAAUUAUUUCAGACAUCGUCUGAUACUUAUAUCCCUGCGCGUUUGGAGGGAGAGUGUAACAGAGCUGAAGUCAAGGCGAGACCAAGAGAGGAGAGCAGUACAACACUGGUCUAAGUUUGGGUUGUGUAAGGCCUGGACUGCUUGGCGCAUGCAUGUACAAAAAAGGCGAGGGAAGUGGAGAAAGCUUGCGUGUGCAGAUGUACAUUUCCAGGGAGUGAUGCUGAGAGCUGCCUUUCACAGCUGGAUGGUUUACCAUCGCAAUACUCAGCAGAUUCUCUGUCGAGUUAAUGAGAAGGAGUGGAAAUGUAGAACCAAGCUAUUGAGGUUUUCUUUCUGCAUCUGGAGAAGGAAUGCAUCCAUUUUGGCUGAUGAAUCUAGGAAGAUGGCUAGAGCAGAUCAGUAUUAUCACCAUGUCCUCCGAUUCAAGGUUCUGGAAUAUUGGAGAGGUGUAACCUCGCUCCAACUGUAUCGCCGAGAACAGGAGAAGAAGGCUGUGCUACAAGCAAGGCAGCGUAUUGCUUUUAUUCGGCUGCAGCAUGCAUUUUCAAGUUGGAAAUGGCUGAGUAAGAAAGCUUCAACCUACAGAUACAAAAUGGAAGUUGCUGAGCUACACCACAGUCACCGGAUUGUGAGCAAGUGCCUGACGUUGUGGAAACAGUAUCGUGUCCAUUGUUUAAGAAUAAUGCUCUUACGACGGCAGGGAGAGAGGUUUCAAGCACAGCAGCUUUACAGGCAAUACUUCACAAGCUGGAAUGCCAAGCUGUUGGAGAAAUACCAAGAGGACAAGCAGACUGCAGUGGCCUUGUGGCAUUGGUCGCUAUCACUUCAGGGCAAGGUGUUCGAUGCGUGGCUUAUCUACAUACAGGAGCAAAACCGGAAAAAGGCACGUGUUGUAAAAGCCAUGGAAAGCUACCGCAGACAGCUGCUGAGGGUGGGAGUGACUUCUGUUCUCCGAUACAUGUCUGGUAUGGUGCAGUUUCGCAGACAGAUUGCAGCUGAGGAUCAGGUGAAGACUGCAUACAGCCUCCAUCAAGUGGUGCAUCGCUGCGCUAUGAUUUGGAAGCAAAAAGCACUCUUCAGGAAAGAGAUCCCAAAGCGUAGACCAGAGGCCUCGAGUCGUAAAAAAAGUGUGGCUUUCAAGCGACCAGUUGCUGAGAUUUGCAACGAGAAAGAAAUCAAGCCCAGGAUCACAAGGAGCGAAUGUAGUAAAAGGAUUCUGAACACAUCGAACCUGAGCAAAGGCAAUGAUUUACCAACAUUGCCGGCCUGUGGGGAUAUGGGUUUGCUCAGUUUAUACUCUACACAUCAGGCUCGCUUACAGCCCAGAAGGCCAGACUUCCUUUUAGAAUCAUUAGAAAAGGAAGGAUUGCUUGACAGAAACUGUGACAGUGGCAGUUCACUUGUGCCGGAACCACCAAAGUCUUCUCCAAGCCACCAAUCUCCAGUCAAAGUGCAGACACAGACCACGCAAGUGUCUAAACCGUAUGAAGUAGAAAGAAGUCAGGACAACGUUUGCAGCUGGUUGUUGUCUGAAGAUGGUGCUGUCGGUGAUGUGUCCUGUAAUACAGGGCCCACUUUAGAGGGGGCAACUGUGUGGUCAGUGGUGACCUAUCCCAGUAGCUCCUCGGUAGCUGGUAAGGUUGCUCUCGAAUAUCAACCGGAUCCUUCACUGCCAAAGGAGCAGCUCCUUCCCCCGUCAUCAUUCAUGCUGCCCAGGAAAGAGAAAGAAGAGCAAAUGCAGGAUUCAGUCAGAAGUCGCCCCCUUGCUCACGUUCCUUGCUGUGAGACUCAGAAGGAUGAGUGGAGUGAGCGUUCCCACAGAAUUCCAACGUUGCUCUCUCCAGAUGAUUUCAGACCCAGGAAGGGGGGUCGCAGUCUGGUAUUUCAGAACACAGCUGAUGGUGACUUUGGGGAAUGGAAUGAGCGACAGCAACUGGAAGCAGAACUGAGAAAGAUACGACAGGAGAUGCAGCGUUUCCGGGACGACAAAGAGAGCCUGAGAUCGUGGCGAACACAAGCCUCUGUGCUGGCAAAGUGGCUACAAGUAAACGCAGCAGACAAGGAAUGGGAGGAAGCCACACCAGUGCAGCAAAUUAGAUCUGAAUUAAAGCAGCUGGAGCUGGACAUUGACCGGGUUUCAGAGGAGCUGAGGAGAGCAAUGCCGCACAUGCAGCAGUACACGGCCAGAGUGCAGGAGAUUCGGGCCUUGCUCACUGUGUAAGGUCACGUCUGCCAAACCACUGGGAUCAGCACACUAUUACACAAAUGUAGAAUUAUGUUUGUACACAUCAAUAAUCCAGUUUGUUAUCUAAAAUGUUGUUUCAUAAUUAAAUAUUUUUUUAAAAUUAAAUGGAUUCAAAAUUACAUUAACGACCGAUUAAGCUUCUUACUGGGGGAUCACUACUUAGGAAUAAUGGUUCCAAGCUCAGUCGUGUGCAGA